GCGCCCCCUUUACUUCAGUUCAAUUCAAACCAUAAGAAGCUUUAUUCCUCUGAAAAGACAAUGAUCCUCGACGUCCUGGAAGCGUUUACCGUCCUCUGCCUCUUCUCAUUAUCAACGAAGUCCUGUUGGGCCAUCGAUUUGACCAUGAUGGCGGAUGCUUUUGAUGAUCAGUACAUCGGGUGCACACGACAGAUGGAGAGAGAAAUGACGGACAUCUUGGAGCAGGAGAAGAAGUAUAAAGAAUUUGCCAUAAUGUGGUUUCUAGCAGAACAAAGGUGGUUGAAGAUAAAGCCAUACAACAUCUUCCCGCGUGACUUUCAGGAUGAGUAUGGGAUAGCGGUGAUCCUGUACACUAAGGAGAGCCCCUUCCCCAUCUACCAGCAGCUGAACCGGAAUGUGUCCAUUGCCGGACGCUCCCGGGACCAUUACAUGAACCGUUUCCAUUUCAAGGCUCUCCACUACUACCUGACCAGGGCCAUUCAAGUAUUGGGUGAGGGGGUCGGUUGUGAGGAGAGAUCACAGGUCUACCGGGGGUCCUGGAUGAAGUAUAAGGAUGUGUCACCUGACGUUCGGUUCGGACAUUUCGCAUCAUCGUCCCUUAACCGGAAAAUUGCUCAGAGGUUUGGAACGAGAACUGAGUUCACGAUCUUCAGCUGCUUCGGUGUAAACGUUGACAUCUUCUCAGACUUCAUGGAAGAAGAAGUUUUAAUUCCUGUAACCGAGACAUUUCAUGCCAUAAAAAAAUCUGAUGACUCUUAUGUUCUUCGGAGCAGUGGGCAGCACUGCAGCAACUACAACUGCGCCUACCUAGGAGGAGAAAGACGGAGAUCUCCGCUCUGCAGCUCUGCUUCAGGAAAUUUCUGCAAAUCAAAAACUAUGCUUGUUGUCAGUGAAUUGGUCGUCAUGUUAUAUUUGUGGUUGAACAAUUUGUUUUGAAGAAACUUACCCUAACAGACCUUUGUCCUGGUCAGAAGAACUUUUUACCACAGUUCCAUUUAAAAAGUCUGGUAUCUACAAAUCCUCACCACUGGAUCCUUCAGGUCUCUGCUGACAACUCCAGUCUCCAUUGUUACUUGGGACGAUCUUACAUUUGAUGGAGGUUUUACAUUUCUCUUGUGUCGCUGCUGUCAGACUCUCCUGCCCCCGUUUUAUAUACACAGGUGGGUUUACUUGUAGUGUGAGGGAUGACCAGUGAUGGACCUCAGCUAACCCUGGAUGAUUCUUACCCUCUUGUCUAUAUAAUAAUGUGCUUGAAGAAAUGCGAGAUACUAUACAAUGAUGGGGGUGAUCUUCACGCCAUCUCAUUAUCGCAAUGUAAUGGGUAAAUUUGGAUUCUCAUAGAUAUUUCAACAAAUAUAUAGUGGAGUAAAAUCUUAAUAACCACCAUUAAUAACCAUUAAUAGAAUCCACCAGGUCC